CGAGACAAGCCAUUCGCAAGCCGACUGACUGCGGCACUGGAAGUGGGUGCAUAACGAGUGGUGAACGGGUGACCGGUCGUGGACAAUUUAUGCUCGUGGUUGUCGUGCUGCGCACUUGGUUCUCGCUUCGUGAGGGUCUUUAGACCAAGAGCACGAGAAUAUCUACAGGGGCACUGGUCCGUAGUAGGAAAGAAACUCGAGCUCUGCAGUCGGUCUCUCCAUCCGCGCGCAGUUCUAGGCGCUGUGUUGGAUCGCUGCGGUUCCGUCACUUGCCCGUGUCCGGAUCCCGUUUCUUCGCUGGCAAAGCGAUGUCAGAGGACAGCUUCGAGAGCAUUCCCGAAGUGAAGCUCGACAAUGGACGUUUCAAAUACGUUCUCAUCAAAGUGCACGACAAGAACGACCCUAACCGCAGCAAGCUGAUUGUGCGUGGAUCCGCAUCGGCCACUUACCACGCAGAUAUCUACGAAAGAGAGAUGAGCAAGAUAGAAUCCAUCUGUGGAUUGGAGACUGAGUGCUUGGGUGGCGGAAGGAUCAUCCACAAUCCUGACUGCGCCGAGAUCAAAGUGUUCGGGUACUCUCAGGGAUACGGCCAGGCAGACCACAGCAAGGCCGUGGAAGUACUGAAGCGCAACUUUCCGGAAUACAAGUCCAUUACGUGGUCGAACGAUGGAUACUAAUAUCUACACUGUAUUGUCAAUAUAGUCCAAGUAGUAAUUUAAAAUAAAGUAACCACUUCACUGUUU